GUGAUAAAACUUGGUCUCCUGUCAAGCUUUUAAAGUUAUAAGUUUUAGGUAUCUGUGUAAAUGACAGUGUGUAUAUAAUUUGUGUUGGUUUGCGUAGGACUGCGUAGGACUGGGGCGUUGUAAAUCCAACUAGAACAGAAUCUAUAGAAGAAAAGAUGGGCAAUUAGCGUGGGAUAUAUUUCUAAAUGUCACAACUAUCAAUGUCUGGUCAUAUAAAUGUUGAUCUUCUUAUAUUCAUAAUGUUUUGAAGCAAACCCAAAGAAAUCACUCUGCGAUCGUGAAUUGACUUGAUUUGGAAGGAUAUUUUAUCAAAAAUAAGUAAUGCCGGAGCAAAGUAAUGAUUACCGUGUUGUAGUUUUCGGAGCGGGCGGUGUUGGUAAAAGUUCUCUUGUACUAAGAUUUGUAAAAGGAACAUUUAGAGAAUCUUACAUACCGACCAUCGAGGACACGUACAGACAGGUCAUAAGCAGUAACAAGACAAUAUGUACAUUACAAAUAACUGAUACAACAGGUUCACAUCAGUUUCCUGCCAUGCAAAGAUUAUCAAUUAGCAAGGGCCAUGCAUUUAUAUUGGUGUAUUCUGUCAGCAGUCGGCAGUCUUUAGAAGAACUGAAGCCAAUAUGGCAAACAAUAAAAGAAAUAAAAGGCACAGAGCUUCCAAAUAUCCCUGUGAUGUUAGCAGGAAACAAAUGUGAUGAGAGUCCAGAGAUAAGAGAAGUGUCAGCUUCUGAGGGACAGGCCCAGGCCCAGACUUGGGGUAUCUCAUUUAUGGAGACCUCUGCUAAGACAAACCACAAUGUCACACAAUUAUUCCAGGAGCUUUUAAACAUGGAAAAGAAUAGAAAUGUGUCACUUCAAGUGGAUGGGAAAGGCAAGAAAAAGAAAGACAAAGCAACAAAAGAUGGAGGUGAAGCAUCUGCUAGCGGAAGAGAAAAAUGUCUUGUGAUGUAAAUAUGGUAUAAACUCCAUUAAUGUUUAAUCCCACCAAUCAUAUUACAUAAUUCGUAAAUCGUAGUCAUUUUGAUCCUAGUCAUUAAACUCAUGUCCUGGCCGAGUUACGCACGGAUUUAGAAUUUAAGAAUUACCCAUAUUGCAUUUAAAAGCCAGAAGUAGUAUAGUAAUUACAAUGCCUUUUAAAUAAUAUUAGUUCCCAUUAUGGCGUAGCUUAGGAAUCAUGAAAUACCUUCAUAUUUUGCUAAUAGUAAGUUACUAAUAAUUUAAUAAUGACUGACAUGACAAGAGAUGAGAAAUAUUCCAUAUAUUGUUAGUGUGAAAAUACAACGAAAUGAAGUCUUUUAGGACUUACUGUUAAUCAAUUAUAUAUACGGUUCUGAUGAACAUGCUGAGAUAAUAGUAUAUGGAUUGAGGGAGCCUGUUUACUCUUCAAUUUAUUUAAUUUAAGUGACAGAAGGGUCAACUUCAGCAUUUUGUAGUGGGUGCAAUCAAUAAUGAAGGGGCAUAAUUACUUAGCUAAUGUUGUUAUACCAUGUACAGUAUCUAAGGUUGUAGCUAUUUUAUAGUGCCAUGGAAAGCUGAUAUCUGUACUGUAUGAAAGAUUCUUUUCAAGCCUUACAAAUUGUGUUGAUUGAGCUAUAGAAGUUUAAAAUCAAAUGUUUAAUGACAUUCAUUGAUGAUUUAUUAUAUUUACCAAGCGUUUGCCUGGACUACUAGGACAAGCUGGUAUUUAUAAUUAAACAAGCAGAAUUGUAUAUAUUAUUGUACUUACAUUGGUAAAUGGAUAAUGUCACUAUAGGAAGUUUUGUCAGUGCCAAAUGCCAAAGUUCACAAGUUCAGUUCUAGUGUAUUAAUCUAGAAUUAUUAUUAAAUAUUUUAUGCAUCCUCAUGUACACUGUUGGAACGUAUUCUGCACCAGUCAGCCUGGUGCAUAAAAACAUGGUAGUUGCAUUGAAUACAUAAUGCAAGGGAGAAAAACUAUUUUAUCAAAAAAUAGUUAAGUCUAUUGGCUGAUGUGAUAUUUUUUAACACCGCACUAUUUAUAGCUAGUGCUUCGAAUUUAAAUACAAUAAUAGUAAUAUUGAUGAAGUUAAUUAGGUGGGUAUAUUACUACUAUUAAUAUGUGGCUAAAACUGGAACAAGGCGUCAAUGGCAUCAGUAUCAUUAGAUUGGCAAAGGAAAAAAUAUUAUCAAUUGUUUCAGGUAUUAAAGAAAUAAUUAAUUGAAAAUUGACAAUAUAUACUUCCUGUAGUACAUUUAUUAUGAUCUCGCAAUGACAUUAUCAAUUUAAUCUAUUACAAUUUAUAGGUAGUUAAGUUUAAACAUUUAUUAGUAAUAAGUGAUAAAGGUCUUAUUGAAUCCUUAUCUAGUCAUUAUAUUAAAAAGUAGCUGUCGCUAGUUAUACAAUGCACUUUAUUUAAUAUCACUCACUUACAUAUCCAAUUUAUUAGAUUUGUUCAAAAUAUAUCUAGUCUAUUAUCACAUGGAAAAUAAUAUACCUAAUUAUUAUGCAUUAAAAAUGGCUGUUAAAUAUAAAUAUUCCGAUUUGUUUAACGCGAAUGGAGUGUCUAAAACCCAAGGCACAUUUAGCCAUAUAGCCAUGCUUUUGGCUAUUUAUUUUCUAACAUCCAAGUCGCCUCCUACACUGUGUAGGUAAAUGUUCUUUGAGGUUUUAUAUGAAUCCUUUGUAUAUUAUGAUAUCGUCGAACGUCAAUAUUAUGAUAUAUAUAUAUAGUGAAGAAGUUCGAAGUGAAAAUUAAUUAAUUUCGUCGAAUAUGUUUCAAACAACAAUAUGUACCCGUUUUGUAUGUUAUUUAUAUUGUGUAAAUUAUAUUGUGAUGAUAAACGCGAUUGAGUUGUGUGUGGUUGCUUUACACGUAAAACGAAAUGUAAUGGCGGACUUGAUACCUGUCUGCUAGAUUACAAAUAAGCCAAUUAAAAUCCGACUUUUGUGAAUAUCUCGAUUUCAGUCCUAUUUUAUAAAAAAAAAUAUUAACAUCGGUUUCAAUGUAUUUUUAAAAGACAUUUUAAUAUAUAUGCACAUAAGUUGGUAAUGUAUUUGCACGAUUUAAUUACGAAUAUUUGCUUAUUGGCAGAAUCUACAAAGUAUCGUAUUUAUAGAGAUAAAAGUUGUUAAACACUGAAUUGUUAUAGCUGGACCAAAGUUGUUUCGUGUUGAUUGACGUAAGUUAACAGUGUAGUACGUAUGUCUCUUUACUUCUUGUUAUUUUCCUUACCUAUGCUGUCUUUACUUACUUGACUUCAAAAGCUAAUGAACUAUGAAAUUUUUGCCUAUUUCUAAUAAUAUUUUUUUAUUAAAGUAAGACCAUGCUUUUCACACGUACAUCUUUCAUUAUUGUUGUGUUGUAAACUUUCUGAAGCUUACUUAUACAUAUUGCUCUAUUAUAAUUAAAAAAAAUCGGUUUAUUUUGUCAGCACACACUAUUUGUGCAAACUGAGAAAUCAUAAUUAUAAAAAGUAAUCUUUGUUUCCUAAUCCCUGUUUUCCAUGAGGGUCUCGUAAACAUCGUAUGACACAAAAAUUUCGAACUAACCAGAUGCUAAUAAAAUGCUUCUAAACGUUCUUAACUCUAUGAUAUCCAGCCCGACACUUUUGACUUUCACUUCUUUAAAAUAACAUGACCUUUACCUUUUUCAUUCAAUUUUCUAGUAAGUUGUACUUUGACAUUCCUUUAUAGUAAUGCUAUUUAAAAGUAUGAAUUAGAAAUCGUAGUGCCGGUAGCUAGAUUUUAGUGGAAUUCUGUAAUCAACGAAGGAUCAACAUAGUAUAGUCAAAAUAGCGUUUUAUAUUGUAUACUUACAUUGAGCGAAUGGUUAACCAAGAGUACAGUUACCACCAAAGUUGAGUCGAUAUUAAGUUUGAAGGGAAUGAAUUGAGGCUUUGAAAGUGACAUAACAAUAUAGCACACGCUUUUACAUAGGUAACGUAACAACCUACGUAUUAUAGAUUUUUUGAUACAAAUUUCUACAUAUUUACUGCAUUAUUUAUACAUAAACAUGUUUAUGUUUUUACAAAAACUGUCUCUAUCUGCUCUUCUCUCUAUGAUCUUCUAAAAUGGUGCCCAAUGUAUGACACGGCAAUAAUAUAGUUAGUAGGUAAUAGGAUAAUAAUUAUCAACAUCAUUUUUGCAGUCUUACCAAUUAUAUCUAGAAUGCAUAGGAAUCCGAAAAAUAUACUAGAAAUAUUAAUUAAUAAUGUAGUUAAAGUAUCGCUUACGUUUUCUGAGAUUUAUCACAGGUAUUUAUAUGUUUAAAUUUAUCCAGUUCAUAAGCGUUUCAUUAUUUUAAUGCCAACUUAUUAUACAUUUGUAAUGUUCCCACCCAGAACAGGUCGAUAAUCUACAAUAUUUAAAUUGCAUUUUAACCAUCAUUUAAAUGUACCUGAAUUUUAUAAUAUAGGGUCAUAAAAUAGGUAAGGGCAUGUAAGCUUUAUUCAUGAUAUUGCCAAUUUCAUACAUUUCAAUAAAUUGCAAUUUACGAUUGUAGAUUGUAAACUCGUGUAUGGGUAAUGCGAUGUGCUUAAUCAUUGAUCAUACGUCCAUCUUUAAAGUACCUAUCCAAUAUUUACAUAUAGUUAUUAUUAAUCUCGAUUAUAGUAUGAUAGAAGCACCUCGUUUGAUUCACGAUUAAAGUUUGUUCAAGGUAGAUCAGAGCUUAACGAGGACCAUGUCAUUAAGUGUUAAAUAUGUUGUGAGAAGAGAAUGACUCGUCACUGAUGUCAAUAAUUGGCCUCGUAUAUUAACGUCUGAUCUCCUCGAUGGAAGUUGAUGUUCUCGUUAUAUUGUAAAUAAUUAUAUUGUUUUGUUAAAUGUUAAUUAUGUAUACUGAGGUUGCGAAUGUUUGUUGACCAAUAGCAAAAUUGAUUGUUAGCGUCUAUUAAAUAUCAAGACUAGACUUGGCUUCUUAGGUACUUCAAUGAUUAAAUACAGACAACAUCUUUAUUUAUGCUUAGUUGAAUGAACUGAAUGUUUUCAAUUAUGUAUUUAAAUAUUUUGAAUUGAUCUUGUGACACUUCUCACUAAGGCAUCACGAAAAUAAAAAUAUAAAAAACA